AUGGUGAGCAGCUGGAGCACGUACAGGAUACGCCUGGAAGCGUAUUUCGAGGGAAAUGAAAUCACCGACAGUGCAAAGUGCCGUGCUGUUCUGGUGUCUUCGUUGAGCGAUAAUGUCGUCCGCCUCUUACAAGGUCGCCUUUCAACCGUGCCGGUCAACAGCCGAACCUACGAGCAAAUCGUUGAAUACCUGGAGAAACAGUACAACCCCCAAGUUAAUGAAACAGCAGCAAGUUUCUCGUUCUUCAUGCGCAAGCAACAGGGAGGUGAGGGCAUUCGGGAAUACAUCUCCGACCUCCUAAGAUUGGCAAAGAAUUGCAAUUUCGGCGACUCCCUGAAUAGGGUGCUGCGAGACCGCAUCGUAUGCGGCAUUCGGAAUGACGAUGCCCGUCGUUGCCUCCUUACGCACAAGAAGCUAACAGUCGAGGAGGCGGAGGAAUUUGCCAUAGCAUCGGAAAAAGCACUGAACGACGUGCUUUCGCCGGUAAGUGUUUCGGAAUGGGCAACUCCGGUCGUUCCAGUCGCAAAGAAGAACGGCGACAUACGGUUGUGCGGCGACUUCAAGUUGACCGUUAACCCAGCAUCGCACUUGGAACAAUAUCCCUUGCCCAAGGUUGAAGACAUUUUUGCGGCUCUUUCCGGAGGAGAAGUCUUCACAACGUUGGACUUGCGCAACGCCUACAAUCAGCUGCCGCUGGACGCAGAAGCAAGGAAGACAACUGUGCUAAACACACACCGAGGCCUGUAUUGCUACAAUCGACUAGCAUUUGGGAUUGCUUCAGCCCCCGCCUUGUUUCAGCGACGCAUGGAAUCCAUACUGCUAGGGAUGCCGAACGUCCAAGUGUACCUCGACAACAUCAUCGUGGCGGAAAAGAGAAACGACACUUCCGUGCUCCGGCAGGUGUUUCAGCGGCUGCGGGAAAACAACCUGAAGCUGAACAAAGCAAAGUGCCGAUUCAGAGAAGCGCAAGUGGCGUUCCUAGGGCAUCGCAUCGAUGCGGAUGGCCUUCAUCCCCUGCAAGACAACCUGGAGGCGGUACACGCAGCGCCGAAGCCAGCAUCGCAGUUGGUCGACAGCACGAACAAUGACGCUCUUCUGAGGCAAGUGAAGACAUGGAUUCUGCGCGGCUGGCCUAAACAACUCGGGCAGGAGCAACAGGGCUUCCUGCCGUACUUCACCCGCAGGACAACACCGACUCAAGGCGGCCAAUCGCCCGCCGAGAUGAUGCUCGGUUUUCAGCCAAGGACCCGUCUAAGCGCACAAUUUACAGAGGAGGUGGACCGGGAGCCCAUGGUGAACACAUUCACAGCGCCGAUGCAGCGUUUUCCUCAGGGGGCGCCUGUGUGGUCACGCCAGUACAAUCAAGCCGGUCAGCGAUGGUUACCCGGCACGGUGACGUCAUCAAGAGGUAGGCGCUUGGUUAUGGUGGACACCACCGGAGGAAUGCAGUGUCGUCAUGUGGAGCAACUGCGGCCACGGCACCUCAGAACGGUGGCAAAGCAGGAGUGCUCCGCGACCCGGCCUUCUGAGCAGCAACCCUCACCACGUGAUCCACCCUCACAUGACCAACCUUCGGCAGGCGACAACAUCGAGUCAACAGACUUAUCUCUGACACCGACGGCAUCGGAACUUCCCAGGCGUUCUACGCGCAUAAGAAGGCAGCCAGACAGACUUGGCUUCGUCUAAGGGAAAGGAAGUGCCAUGUCGCGGCAUCUAAAGUGCGGGCUCGGCACCAACGUGUGCGCAUGCGCGCUCAAAGGCACACAGCAUAAAUACAGCAACGCUAUCUGCAAUAAACGAUUCUUGUUCUGGCGCUUA